AAAACUUAUGUAACUCUGCAACUAAUCUUUGGUAAUCUUGAGCAAGGCAUUUAAAUCCAGGGAAUAAGCCUAUUCUUCUCAUCCCCCCCACCCCCCAGCCUAUCUUGUAAAGUAAAAAGGGAAACAAACAGAAGCAAAGUUCACAGCCUUGUGGUUUUUCCUUUUGACCGGAGCAGAGUGGCAUCGUGUCCCGAGACUGCUCUGAAGUUAACCCUCCUGCCUUGCCUUAUCCCAUGCACUGAGCACCUUAAGAGAAAAGCUGCUUUCAGAGCAGCUGUCAGUUGCUCUUGUCUGAAGCAUGGAAAUCUCUACUCUCGCCACGUACCACUGCCUUGCUUUUGUCUGGUACUUUUUCGUUGCCUACUCCAUCGCACACGUGAAAACAGAGGAGCGGCCAUCUGAAGUGUUCCUUUAUGGUGGGCAGUGGAAAUAUUUGACAGUCCUCAAUCUGAUUUUGCAGGCUGUCUUCUAUGGGGUGUCCUUCCUGGCUGAUGUGUUGAGACUAAUUAAGAAACUGCGAUGUGCUAAGUGCAUAAUUUCCAGCAGAGACCUUCUUUUCAGUGUCCUGGCUUUCCCAGUGUCCACAUUUGUGUGUGUAUCCUUUUGGACACUGUAUACCUACAACAGAGAGCUGGUUUACCCCAAAAGCCUCGAUGGAGUCAUCCCGCUCUGGUUAAAUCAUGCUAUGCACACAGCUGUAUUGCCAUUUGCUCUCCUGGAACUCCUUGCCUUGCCGCAUCGUUACCCAGCAAAGAAGAAGGGAUUGAUCCUACUGGGAUUUGUCGCUUUUCUGUAUAUCAGUUGGGUCCUGUGGAUUUAUUCUGUAACAGGAGAGUGGGUAUAUCCUCUCUUUGCUUUGUUCAACCCCCCUGGACUAGCAGCCUUUUUUGCUGGUAGCCUUGCCAUCAUCGUCGCCUUCUACAACUUCGGAGAGUUCCUCAACCGUAUGAUAUGGGGAGAUUCAAUAGUAAUACUGGACCACAAGUGGAAAGGCAAGUGAAUCCUCCUCUUGAAGCCAAACAAUCCCUCCAUGAAUUCUGAAGCCAUGAAGUAGAGGAAAAUAAACGUAGCUGUGAUAAAUCCUUUCUCCAAUGCAUUGCAGCUUCUGGUGAAGCCAUUAUGACAUCAGACAUAUGGAAAACUGGUGGAAAGUAUGAAAUGUUUGCCUCUUUCAUGAUAACUCUGCAACUGCUAUGAAUAAGAAAAUUGUGUUCAUCUGUUUACACAGAUUUCUCAUCUCUUGCACAACGUGCGUGAGGAUGUGUCCAUGGUUAAAAGUUGUCACUGGUAAAUGCACUCCCUCAUGAGCCUCACACCACUCUGUAAAAGACCUGUGAAUGCAAGCCAGCUCUUGUUUGGAUUGCCCUUCAUCAAGUCUGGAAAAAAUUAAGAGGAGAGAUAAUUUUAACCCAAGCUAGCUAGAUAACAAAUUGGGCUAACAAGCACUGUAAUUAGAAAUGUCUGCUCAGAAAGUUCACCAAGAAGCCGAGUUCUUCUAACGAGAAACUUUCUGUAAUAUUAAUAUGCUUAUAUUAUGCUCAAUAUCUCCCCUCCAUUUUAACAGGAAAUCCGAAGGCAACAAUUUCUUCCUUUUUCUUGGUUUCAGUUAAUCUCGCAGCAAAAGUAACCUAAUUAUACUGACUGUAUGAUUGCUUUGACAGAAAGCAUGUUAAUUUAAAGCACUGUUUAACAUAAAGCUGCCUGCCAUAUAAUUACACUCCAUUCACAUGUUUACUAAUUUUCCUCAAUAUAGUUGAUUUCUGUUAUUAGCCUCAACAUUUUGUUAACAUCCAAAACACUGGAGAUCUGCUUUGCAAACUCCAAUAAACAUGCAAAACUGAGAGUAGCACAAGUGUUCCUUAAUGGUCAAUGUGAAAAAGAAAAAUCUCUUGUAUUAUUCCUGCAUUCAAAGAGGAUUUGAAACUAGUUGCAGUACUUAAAUGUCUAAAUCCAUCCUCAUUGCCAAAACCCCUCGCUUAGUGCUACUGUGCACACUGUUCACCAGGGUGUUAUUUUCACCUUUCAAAUGCCGCUGGAGCUCAGUAAAAACAAAACACAUUGUAAGCUGCCUGUGCGCAAUAAAAAGAUAAUGUGUAUACAU